GUCUUAAUUCAACCUUUAGCCGAAUCAGUUCAGGAAAUCGUAUUUAUCUUUCCGUAUUUAUCUCUCCGUAUUUAUCUCCCGUAUUAUAUUGAGUGCCAUACAUUUGAUUUUGAUCGAGAACAUUAAUAGAAUAUCUGAACUAUAUCUUAAUAAUUUUUGUAUAUUUUUAUAUUGACGACUGAAAAUCAGAGGACGUGGAAAUAAUAUCGGAUAUUAAAUAGUUAUUAAUUAAAUAGUUAUUUAUUAAUUGCUGACAAAAUUACCGCGAUAAAUUUGUCAUUUCAAUAUUUAUAUCUUGAGUGUUAUUUUUUUAUCACAUUACUAAAUAUUUGUUGGAAGGAAAACAUAUAAAGCGCUGAAAGGCAUAAUGCCAAGUAGUAAGACGAGAAUCGCUAUUGUCGGUGGUGGAGUGGCUGGUUUGGUGACGGCCCGUCAUAUAAUGUCCAGAUUAGAUACUUACAGUCUAAUGUUGUUCGAGCAAACCGAUCGUAUCGGUGGUACAUGGGUUUACACUGAUGAAACGCAUCUCGAUAAACAUGGACUAUUGAUUCACAGCAGCAUGUAUAAGAAUCUCAGAACAAAUAUACCGAAGGAGGUAAUGCAGAUACCUGAUUUCCCCUAUCAAAAUCAAGAAGGACCGUCUUUUGUUCAUCAUAGCGUAAUAAGGGAAUAUCUUUUGGACUAUGCAAAACACUUCAAUCUCUAUCCUUAUAUUAAAUUCAAUACUCUGGUAAAGCACGUGGAGCCGGAGAUUCUGAAAAACGGCCAGACCUUGUGGAUCGUAACGUACGAGGAUUUAGAAUCCAAAGUAGAGACCACGAAAAUUUUUGACGCCGUGGUAUUGUGCAACGGUCAUUACACUGUCGGUCAUAUUCCACAUAUUCCAGGUAUCGAAAGCUUCCACGGUAGAUGCAUUCACAGUCAUCAAUACAGGAUACCGGAGGUAUACGCUGGCAAAAGGAUUUGCAUACUCGGCGCAUCCUGGUCCGGUAUUGAUAUCGCAAUAGAAAUCUCGCAAUACGCUGACAAAGUGUAUUUAAGUCAUAAUUUGACGGAGCGUAUCGAUUCGAAGAUGUCGAGCAACGUUGAGCAAAGACCCAGCAUCGAGUCCAUCCAAGGAAACGUCUUCAUCUUCCGUGAUGGUUCCUCAGCGGAAGUGGACAGUUUCAUAUAUUGCACUGGUUACAAAUUCACGUAUCCCUUUAUGUCAACUAAAGUUGAGAUACGUACAGAUAAUAAUCAUGUUGAACCCAUUUACAAGCAUCUGAUGCAUAUGGAUUACACGAAUCUGUUCUUCAUGGGUUUACCGGCGAUCGUGAUACCAUUCCCGAUGUUUCACAUUCAAGCACAAUAUAUUCUUGGAAUUCUCGAAGGCCGCAUCCAACUAUUAUCACCACAAAGAAUGCGUGAAGAAUACGAGAUCGAGAAGAAGUCUCUAUUGGAUCAAGGCAUUCAGUUGAGACAUAUCAAUAAACUCAAAGAUAGACAAUGGGCCUACUAUGACGAGAUUGCGGCCGCUGCCAAUGUACCGAGUUUACCACCGGUGAUGAAAAAGAUCUUCGAUCAUGUUAGCGACAUGCGUGACAUAAACUUCACUACUUACAAAAAUUAUCAAUAUCGCAUCAUCGACAAUGAGAAUUUCAGCGUGUCUUAUUGUAAACCUUGUUAGGGUUCACGUAAAAGAAGGAAAACUUAAAAGUGAAUGUAAUCUUAUCGCACGGUCGCACGGGGCUCCAAGUCGGGUCAACAAAUUGUUUGUGUCUCUUUCACCAGUUGCAGCACCAUUUCGCCACUUGGUGGUUCGAAAACAAAUAUCGUUCCAAUCGGAACAAUAUGCGAAUCGGAAAAAAAUAUCGGACCCAUUUAUUGCUUAAUAAUAAUGAUGUUUAUCACUGAUGAUAUGCUUCAACGCAAGACCGAUUUGCAAUGUAACUUAUUAUAUGCUAAACAAUUGCUACUAAGAAGAUAAUUAAAACAGAGAAAUACACAUCACUAUUCUUACAAUACAUGAUGAAAAUGUGACAUAUGUAUUUUAUACAAUAAUUAUUUGUCAAAAAUCUUUCCAUAUUUGCAAUAAAAGAGC